GGCGUCUGUGAGCACAAGAGGGGCAAGAUCAUGGCAUGCUAUGAGCUGGAGAGCGCGCGGUUCAAGGUGGGCGGCAAUAAACAUGCGCUGUGCACAUUCUUCCUUGCCAUUGUGUGUGUGCCUUCAGAAGCUGCGCGAGAGCCUGAUGGCCGGUCCGAGCACUACCACUGCCGACUACACAGUACGUCCGUCUGCCCACUUGCAUCCAUAAUCUUAAAGAAAGGCAUUGUGGAUGGAUGUGUAUUGGUUGUGUCCUCCUUCAGGCUGUGGCCGUGCCGCCGUCGACGACCUCUGCUGCCAUCGACAACCAGCCGACACCCAGCCUCCUGCAGCUCGUGCCCAUCGUGGCGCAGAAGGCGGCCUCCCCCCCCUCCCCCUCCCCCUCCCACUCACCCUCUCCCGCCCUCGAGCCGAAGUCGCGCGCCGCUGCCCCUGCUGCUGCAGCCCCGACACACGACGCCACGCCACAGGAGCACAAGAGCACCCCGUACUCGCCCCCGCCACCCAUCGCCCCCCAUCCUCAGCCUCACCCCAUCCGCCACGCACCGACGCACGCAGCAGAGCAGCCGCCCCCGCUGGGCCACUACCGGCUGAAGGCGUCGGUGGCGGACUGGGGGGAGGGCGAGACUGGCUAUUACGCCAGCCCGCUGACGCAGUGGGACACCGCGUUUUGGGAGAGGCGGGGGGCCGAGUGGGUCGUGACCUGCAAGCAGCCGGCGGAGGAUGUGGGCUGUUGUGUGAGGGCGGCCAGGGGGGUAGCCAGGGGGGUGAGGAGCGCAUAUGCGCACGUGUUUAUGAUAGCUAAUGGGUAG